AGUAUACUUUGUAUCGUCGAAAUAGACAAUAAAAAGUGUAUUUCGUUUGUAUAAAUAUCUAUUAGGAAGAAAAAAAGAAGUUAGAAGAGAAUUAGACAUUAUUUUUCUAUUUGUAAGAUGGACAAUUCUGAAAGAAGUCGACAUUCAAGAAAACGAAGACUUUCAAGAAAGUGGUCUUUGAAGACUGAUGAUAAUAUAGAAUUAAAUCAAUUAGAAAAUGAAAUAAGCAAUGAUGUUCACGAGUUGAAGAAUCAUUCGAAGGAUCAAUUGGAAGUAUCAGAAGAAAAUUCUUGGAGAAAUGAGGAAGAAAUAAAACAAUUUCGUCAAAGUAAGCGUGGUAAAAGAAAGAGAAGAGUCUUGAAACGAGAUAAAGUGUUACAAAUGACUACUUCUGAUGAAACUGAAAUAAAUGAAAUUAAGAAAGUUAAGGAAAAAGAAGAAGUUCUUUCAUCAACUUCGAAUAAUCAUGCUCGUUCUUCCACCAAUCAUUUACAUCACAAGUCAAAAAAACGUGAUAAAAUACAUGAUCUGUCGAGUAACAUUGAGAUACCGAUAACAGAAAUUUUAAAAAAGUACGAAGAACCUGUACCUCCAACUCCAUUGACCACUGAUAAGAUCUACAUUCAAAGUGACAACGGCUUUAACGCGGUUAAAAUUAUUACAAAGGAAGAUGAUCGAAGAAACGUUUUAAAAUUCUUAUCUAAAGGUCGUCUUAGUAAACGAAUUUAUUCACCCAUAAGUAUAGCUAUAAUAGCUCAAAAAAUGUUCACACGUGUAGCAUUUAUUUAUCAAGGUCUUUUAGGUGGAAUGGCUUUAGUACAUCUUAUAAUGAUACAAUUUUUCUUUGACUCCUCGAUGGAUUUUAUUUUGAAGUAUUCUCACUUUUCCGAAAUUUAUUGCAGUUUAUUUUCAUUGCUAAUCGCAUUUUCUGUUGUCUCGACGUUCGACAAAUUUGAUCUAGCUGGUUUGGAUGUUGAUCAAUUAAGAAACAUUUGUAAAGAUUACAUUGGAUCUACCAUAGCUAUUCCAUUGUAUUUAGCAACAUUAUGUUUGCAUGAAACAUUUGCAAAUGUGGAUGAUAAAUUAACGUUAAUUCAUUAUCAAAAUUUUAACAAUACCUCAUGGAAUGAUACCAUGUAUAUGGAAGAAAUUUUUGAUGGAUUAACAACUUGGAAGAAAGUAAACAUAUCGAAAGAUUUACUUGCCAUAUUAGGUUGGUUUUUCGUGGCAAUUGAUAUAAGACAGGAUACUUUAUUGAUUCAUCUUGAAUCGAUAGAAAGAUCUGCACAAACUACAUGUACAAAAUAACAUUUUCAAAACGGAUAUCAUUCUUCGAUGAUAAAAACCAAAAAUUAAAACUUUCAAGAACAUUUUUCAUACAAGUGGAUUGUGUUUUUAUUUCUCUCAUUUAUUUUUUAUUUUUUUUUUUUAAACAAGACUUUAUAGUCACAAAACAUUGCUAUUUUUGCAUUUAUUUGUAACAGAAUAGAGCGUUUGAUAUGUACAAUAUGUAUAAAGUUAAGCUAACACUAACAUUUAAAAGAUCGUCUUAAUACAUACGAAAUAACGCAGUAAAAAUAAAAUAAUAAUUAUUAUAUUAUAUAUGGCUGUACGAUA